CGGGCGAGGGGGCGGGGCGAAGCGAGGGUGCGCGCCGCUCUUCGCCGCGGGCUGCUCGCGCGCACCUGCGGGUCGGACCCGCUGCCUACCGCGCGCCCGGCGUCCUCGUCGCGCGAGUUGUCGGUCCCGCGGGGCCUGGGCUGCGGGCCCGCGGGUCCCGGGGAUGGCGUCGGAACCGCGCUAACUCCGUUUCUCCUUGGACCAAGAUGACUGAUGGAAAACUCUCCACCUCUACAAAUGGCGUAGCCUUGAUGGGUAUUCUGGAUGGUCGACCAGGAAACCCCCUUCAGAACCUGCAACACGUCAAUCUCAAGGCGCCCCGACUCCUCUCUGCGCCUGAGUACGGGCCCAAGCUGAAACUCAGGGCUUUAGAAGACCGGCACAGCCUCCAGUCCGUGGACUCGGGGAUUCCUACCCUGGAGAUCGGGAACCCGGAGCCUGUGCCCUGCAGCGCGGUCCACGUGAGGAGGAAGCAGUCCGACUCAGACCUCAUCCCCGAGCGGGCCUUCCAGAGCGCCUGCGCAUUGCCAUCCUGUGCGCCACCAGCUCCCAGCAGCGCCGAGCGGGAACAGAGCGUGCGCAAAUCCUCCACGUUUCCCAGGACAGGCUAUGACUCGGUAAAGCUCUACAGCCCGACCUCCAAAGCCCUGACCCGCAGCGAUGAUGUCUCCAUCUGCAGCGUGUCCAGUCUUGGGACAGAGCUGUCCACCACACUGUCCGUCAGCAAUGAGGACAUCUUGGACCUUGUGGUCACGAGCAGCUCCAGUGCCAUUGUGACCCUGGAGAAUGACGAUGACCCACAGUUUACCAACGUCACAUUGAGCUCUAUCAAAGAAACCAGUGGCUUACACCAGCAGGACUGUAUUCAUGAAGCUGAGGAGGGGAGUAAAUUGAAAAUAUUGGGGCCGUUUAGUAACUUCUUCGCAAGGAACUUGCUUGCUAGAAAACAAAGUGCAAGGCUUGACAAACACAGUGACUUGGGAUGGAAGUUGUUUGGGAAAACGCCACUCCGAGAGAAUGCCCAGAAGGAUUCAAAGAGAAUACAGAAGGAAUAUGAAGACAAGGCUGGAAGACCUAGCAAGCCACCCUCUCCAAAGCAGAAUGUGAGGAAGAAUCUUGACUUUGAACCACUUUCCACCACCGCACUCAUCCUCGAGGACAGACCAGCAAAUCUCCCAGCAAAACCAGCUGAAGAAGCUCAGAAGCACAGACAGCAGUAUGAAGAAAUGGUGGUUCAGGCCAAAAAGCGAGAGCUGAAAGAAGCCCAGCGGAGGAAGAAGCAGCUGGAAGAAAGAUGCAGAGUCGAGGAAAGCAUUGGAAACGCUGUGCUCACCUGGAAUAAUGAGAUCUUACCUAACUGGGAAACAAUGUGGUGCUCUAGAAAAGUUCGAGAUUUAUGGUGGCAGGGAAUCCCUCCAAGUGUGAGAGGCAAAGUCUGGAGCUUAGCCAUUGGCAACGAGUUAAAUAUCACCCACGAGCUCUUUGACAUCUGUCUUGCCCGAGCCAAGGAGAGGUGGCGGUCCCUUAGCACGGGAGGCUCUGAAGUGGAGAACGAAGAUGCUGGUUUUUCAGCAGCAGACAGAGAAGCCAGUCUGGAGCUUAUUAAACUGGACAUUUCUAGAACGUUUCCUAAUCUCUGCAUUUUCCAGCAAGGUGGUCCAUAUCAUGACAUGUUGCACAGUAUUUUGGGCGCUUAUACUUGUUACCGGCCAGAUGUGGGUUAUGUCCAGGGCAUGUCCUUCAUAGCGGCAGUGUUGAUCUUGAACUUAGAUACUGCAGAUGCCUUUAUUGCUUUUUCUAACCUUUUGAAUAAACCCUGUCAAAUGGCAUUUUUCAGAGUGGACCAUGGCCUUAUGUUGACUUAUUUUGCUGCAUUUGAGGUAUUCUUUGAAGAAAAUUUGCCGAAAUUAUUUGCCCAUUUCAAGAAGAACAACCUAACUCCAGAUAUCUACCUAAUUGAUUGGAUCUUUACCUUAUAUAGUAAAUCUCUGCCCCUCGACCUGGCCUGUCGUAUCUGGGACGUGUUCUGUCGCGAUGGGGAAGAGUUUCUGUUCCGCACGGCCCUGGGAAUCCUGAAGCUGUUCGAGGACAUCCUGACCAAGAUGGACUUCAUCCACAUGGCCCAGUUCCUGACCCGGCUGCCCGAGGACCUGCCUGCCGAGGAGCUGUUUGCCUCCAUCGCCACGAUCCAGAUGCAAAGCCGAAACAAGAAGUGGGCUCAGGUCAGCGGGCUUUGUGUUCUUGGCUUCCCACAGCGUAGCUGGCAAGUGGCGCGACUCAGGAAGGCCCCUACGUAAAGUGCUGUCUGAGGACGUAGCCCCUUUGAUGGGGUCCCCGGGCUGGAAGUGAGGGGGGCCGGGUGGAGACGUGGGUGUGCCACAGGGUGUCUUGGCAGGUCGCCUCCUCUUCAGGUUCCUGUCAGCUGGUUUGGGUGUGGAUAAUGAAAGCCUUCCCACCUCUUCUGCAGUGGCGUUGGGAGGGUCAGCACUUUUACCAUUAUAGUGCUCUUCACAUGUUAGAAAGUAUUUUGUAAGCCACGUCCCCCCCUUUUAAAAAAAAAUAAUGCCAGAGACAGAAAGCAAAGUGGACCCACUUACUGAGCCCCGUGGCCAUGCCCUGUGGCAGGCUUUUGUGUGCGUCCUCGAGAAGGAAGUGGGAUUACCCCCCUCUUACAACAAAGGGAGGCCCAGAGAGGAGGGCGUGGGUCCCUCCCAGGUCUUCCCAUGUGCUGCUGUGCCCUUUCUGGGCUGAGUGCCCCGAGCAGUGGCGCGGACAGUCCGUAUCCCUCGGCUUCCCUCCAGGCAUCCCUCUUAGGUCCUGUCCCCAGUGGGAUUGACCUGCAUUUUCUGUUCCGAGUCUUUGUCAUACUAAAAAGGAAAAAAAAAACAGUCUGGGUUCUUGAUCCUGCAUACGCUCAGCAUUGGUUUGAAGUCCUUGUUGAUUGACGUCUAUGAAGACUUUUCCUUUUCUGUGCGUGCUACACCGUGCCUGGGGGAUUUCUUUGUUUUGAGACAGGGUCUCGCUCUGUCAUCCAGGCUGGAGUGCAGCCCCCGCCUCCCAGGCUCAAGUGACCAUCCCACCUCAGCCCCCCGAAAUGUCUGUUCUUGAUUUAACUUUUUUUUAAUUAAUGGAAGAUUUAAAAUAUUUACAAAACUAUAACAGCAUAAAAUAAUGGACCCCCACACGCCUGCUCUCCAGCGUCAGUGACUGUGGAAGCGCAGCCGCUGUUGGAGCUUGUGAUUGGUUGUGAUUGGUUGAAAGCUCUGUUAAGCCUCUGUAAUAUCUAUGCCACACCACUUCUCACUUUUUAGCCCUCUCUUGCUUGCCUUUAUUUGUCAAAGAAAACAGGUCAUUUAGGCUGGGCACAGUGGCUCACACCUGUAAUCCCAGCACUUUGGGAGGCCAAGGUUGGAUCACUAGAGCCUAGGAGUUUGAGACCAACCUGGGCAACAUAGUGAGACCCCGUCUCUACAAAAAAUACAAAAAUUAGCUGGGCAUGGUGGCGUAUAUCUGUAGUUCCAGCUGCUAGGGAGGCUGAGAUGGGAGGACUGUUUGAGCUCGGGAGGUCAAGGCUGCAGUGGGCUGUGAUUGCGCCACUGCACUCCAGCCUAGGCAACAAAGCAAGACACUGUCUUAAAAGAAAAAAAACAACAACACAGUUUGGCCAGGCGCAGUGGCUCACGCCUGUAAUCCCAACACUUUGGGAGGCUGAGGCAGGUGGAUCACGAGGUCAGGAGUUCAAGAUGAGCCUGGCCAAGAUGGUGAAACCCCAUCUCUACUAAAAAUACAAAAAUUAGCCGGGCACGGUGGCAGGCGCCUGCAGUCCCAGCUACUCGGGAGGCUGAGGCAGGAGAAUUGCUUGAACCUGGGCGGCAGAGGUUGCAGUGAGCCAAGAUCAUGCCACUGCACUCCAGCCUGGGCAAUAGAGUGAGACUCCAUCUCAAAAAAAACCCCAAAAACAGGUCAUUUGUCCUGUAACAUUUCCCACUGGGGGAGAGUUUUAUGGCGUAUACAUACAUCGCCCCCCACACACACAUCAAACACCUAUACAUACAUAAUCACCCCACACACAAAAUCACCUCCACGCACACACAUUGCACAUCCAGUCACCCAUCUCACACACCCACACACAGUCAUCCCCCACACGCCCACACAUACACAAUCACCCCACACAUAGACACGCACGGAUCACCCCCAUGCACACUCAUUGCACACCCAUACUCAGUCACCCCCACCUCACACACCCAGUCACCCCACACACACACCACAUACACAUACAGUCACCACACACCACACACAGUCAUCCCACACGCACAUCACACACCCACUCACACAUACACAAUUACCCUACACAGUCACACCCGCACACAAUCACCCCACACACAUCACACACCCACACAAUCACCCCACACAAAAUCACCCCACACACAUCACACAACCACACAAUCACCCCCGCAGACAUCACACACCUGCACACAAUCACCCCACACACAUCACACACCCACAUACACAAUCACCCCACACACACAUCACACAUCCAUACACAAUCACCCCCUACACACAUCACACACCUGUAAAUACACAAUCACCCCACACAGUCAUACCCACACACACAAUCACCCCCACGCACACACAUUGCACACCCACAGUCAUCCACAAUCACCCCACACAGUCACACACCCACACGCACAGAUCACCCCCCACACAUAUAUUGCCCACCCCACACAGUCACACACCCACACGCACAGAUCACCCCCCACACAUACAUUGCCCACCCCCCACACAUAGAUCACCCCUUACACAUCACCCCACACACAUACCCACACGUACGUGCACACAUCACACACCUACACAUUGCAUACCCACACACACACACCUACAGAUCACCCCCACAUACACUUAUCACACCCCCCCACACACCUAUCACACCCCCACACACACGUCACCCCACACCACACCCAUACGUACACAUCACACACCCACACACAUCACCUCACAUGCACAUACACACCCACGUACAGGUGCAGGUCACUCCCUGCGCAUCCACAUACUGCACACCCACAUACACAGGAAAGGAUUAAAUCCAGAUCAGCCAUUUUGAUUCUUGCAUUUUAGGGACUAGGUAAAAACUAUUGGUUAAAACUGGAUCAGAUUAUUUGACCGUAGGACAUUGUUAUUAAUGGGAUUGUGAUAGGAGUUAGUCUGAUGAUGCGGGUUGGGGGGCUUGGGCAUCAGUGAUGUGCUGUCAAUUUUUUUUUUUUUUUUUUGAGACGGAGUCUCACCCUGUUGCCCAGGCUGGAGUGCAGUGGCGCAAUCUCGGCUCACUACAGCCUCCGCCUCCCGGGUUCAAGCGAUUCUCUUGCCUCAGCCUCCCGAAUAGCUGGGAUUACAGGCACCUGCCUCCAUGCCCAGCUAAUUUUUGUAUUUUUAGUAGAGACGGGGUUUCACCAUGUUGGCCAGGCUGGUCUCAAAUUCCUGACCUCGCUGUCCAGCUGCCUCAGCCUCCCAAAGUGCUGGGAUUACAGGCGUGAGCCACCGCGCCCGGUCCAGGCAUCAGUGACUUUUAUACAGUUCCAGGUCAGGUCUCAUGGGACUUGUGGUCCAUGUACAUUUCUCUCAAAUCCUGUGCUUAAGGUUAAGACACUGGUGAGCUUUCUUUUUCUUUUUCCUUCUUUUUUUUCGAGACAGAGUCUCACUCCAGUUGCCGAGACUGGAGUGCAGUGGUACGAUCACAGCUCACUGCAGCCUCAACCUCUGGGGCUCAAGCAAUUCUUCCACCUCAGUCUCCCAAGUAGCUGGGACUGCAGGCAUGUGCCAUGACACCCAGCCAAUAUUUGUUUGUUUGUUUUUGUAGAGAUUUGUUUGCUUUUUUGUUGCUGAGGUUGGUCUCAAACUCCUGGGCCCAAGUGAUCUUCCUCCCUUGGCCUCCCAAAGUGCUGGGAUUGCAGGCAUGAGCCACCACGCCCAGCCAUGAGCUUUUUCAAAAUGACUAAAUGUUUAUGUUGAGCCAGCAACCCCAUUUACUUCAAGAUGCAGGGGGACUUUAUCUGCCGUUAUUCCUUUUCUACACCUUAAUUGAAACCAAAAUGUUUUUACUUUUAAAUUUGUGACUCAAAGUGGCAUAGUUCCUGGCCCCAGGCAGGUAGCACUGUGUUACUAAGAUUCUCUUGGUUUCACCCUUGGACUUUGAGCACGUCACUUCCGUACAUGUCCGUUGUUCAGGCCCCUUAUGUUGGGGCAUUAGCCUUCCAGAGUUUGUCACGUGGGCUAAGCGGGUGCUGGGCGCGAAGUGCUGGCGGAAUUCUCUGCUUGGCAUGGAGCCUGUUAGUGUUGCUGCAAUUGCUAAGCAGACACAAUGGCAUGGAAUAUCUUUUAAAAGAAGGGUGUUGGCCUGGCACGGUGACUCAAGCCUGUAAUCCCAGCACUUUGGGAGGCCAAGGUGGGCGGAUCAUGAGGUCAGGAGUUUGAGACCAUUCUGGCCAAUACGGUGAAACCCUGCCUCUACUAAAAAUACAAAAAUUAGCCAGGCGUGGUGGCACACCUCUGUAGUCCCAGCUAUUCAGGAGGCUGAGGCAGAAGAAUCUCUUGAACCCGGGGGUCGGAGAUUACAGUGAGCCGAGAUGGCGCCACUCCACUCCAGCCUGGGUGACAGAGCGAGACUCCAUCUCAAAAAGAAGAAAAAGAAGGAUGUUGACCAAGAACUGUGAGAACAGAGGAGGGAGCAGGCUCUGGGCGAGCUCAGGAAGGCAGGCAAGAGGAGCCAGCUCCUUGAGGCCUUCUCAGGUGGCAGGCUUCCUGGUGGAGGAGGAACAGGGUGGCGGGAGUGCAGCAGCGGGAUGGGCACAGGGCUCAUUAGCAUCCUAGCGUUCAGGCCUGGGCUUCCUGGGUGGCCACUGCAGGACCCCAGUGAGGCCCCCAGCUGUGCCUUGACGUGGAUUCUGUGGCCAGCUGGAAGGAGUGCAGCUAGCUCACCAGGCCAGAGAGGGCACGGGCAGGUGUCCAUGUUGGAAAGACCACACAGGACGUCGGAAUGGAAGACCCCGGAGGGUUGGAGGCAGUGGAAGUGGGGAGCCGGGGGACCCUGUUAGGAGGCUGCUGCUGUCUCUGCACCGCUGCUGUCAGGAUCUGUGUGCGUGGUCAGUUAACCUCAGCUGUCUUCCCUGU